AUGUCUGCCAUUCUUGAGUCUUAUGCUUCUGAUGAUAGAAAACGUGUUGAUUAUGCUGCCAUUAGCAAAAGCGAAGAAUUUCGUAGGUAUGUAAACAUGACUCAGGAUUUGCAGCGAGUGAAUAUCGGGAGCCCUGAAGGUGUAAUUAAUAGGAGAUCCUUCUUCAAUGACUUCCUGUAUUUGAUUGGAGGAUAUCCUUAUUCUCUUGCCAUUAUUGAAAAUGGCAUUCUUAGAUGUAAUCAAAGGUCACCAUAUUCCAUAAUGAAGCCCUUUAGCACCGGAGAUAAACGGUUAGAGGUUGCUCUUGUCAAGUUAAACCCGCUAUUCCAUUUUGGGCUUUGUAAUGGUACAAAAUCUAGCCCCAAUGUGAGGUUCUUUUCACCCAAUAGAGUUUUAGAUGAAUUAAGAGGUGCUGCAAGAGAGAUCUUUGAGAAUGGUGGCAUUGAAGUGGACCUAGAGAGAGAACCGUUCAUCUUCCAUGGAUUUUCAAGUGGUUCAGUGGAGAUUUUGGACAAGAGCAAGAAAUACUUAAGUGGAUACUUAAUUACUUGGAACCAAAUAAAGCAGAAUUUCGAUUGGUCGUUAAAUUCUUGA